UUUAAAAACCCCACAGGUACCUGCCGUCGUCCCGUUAAGGUAACAUAGACUGUACCUGAAUGGAAAUAAAUGUUUGUUAUUUGUAGUUAAACACAAUUUAAAUAGAUACGUUAGACUUUACUUAGUUGGAAGAAGAUGGAGUUUGACACGACGGAGACCGUACGCUCGGCACCGAGUCGACACGAGAAAAGUUUGGGGCUCCUCACAAUGAAGUUUGUCAGUCUGCUACAAGAAGCUAAGGAUGGCGUCCUUGAUUUGAAAGUGGCUGCAGAUAGCUUGGCAGUGAAGCAGAAGAGGAGGAUAUACGACAUCACUAAUGUCCUGGAAGGUGUGGGGCUGAUUGAGAAGAAAAACAAGAAUAUCAUCCAGUGGAGGGGUGAGAACACAGGCAGCCAAACUCAAGAGGUGCUGGAGCAGGUAAAAGUUUUGAAGGCACAGAUCUCUGAGCUAGAGGCCCAAGAGAAAGAGCUGGACAACCAGAAAGCCUGGCUGGAAGAGAACAUCAAACACCUUAACCACGAUCCCAUCACCAGCACUUAUAAAUUUGUAACACAUGAAGACAUAUGCAGUGCCUUCAGUGGAGACACUCUUCUUGCUGUUGUGGCUCCUGCUGGGACACAGCUGGAGGUUCCCCUACCUGAAAUGGGGCAGAGAGGUCAGAAGAAGUACCAGGUGAACCUUCGCAGCCACUCGGCUCCCAUCCAGGUCAUGCUCAUCAACAGGGAUUCAGACUCCACUGUACCUGUGGUCUUCCCUGUGCCGCCCACUGACGACAUCUGUCCGAUGCCAACUCCACCCAGCACCCCUGCCAGCCUGCAGCGGUUACCCCUGUCAACGUCUGUGUACUCCACCUCCAACACCACUUCCUCCUACUGCAGCCAGGACUCCCUCUGCUCAGACCACCAGAUGGUGCUGCCAGAACAUGAUGAAGUGCUGACACCAUCGUCCACCCCUCCUGAUGUGCAGAUGGAGUGUCAGCCAGUGGCAGUGUUGGAGCAGCAGCAGCAGCAGAUGGAGCUGGUGGGUCCAGAGUUCCAGUCUGUGCUGGACUUGAGCAGCCUGCUGAAGCUCAACGCUGCUGGAGACCACAUGAAGGAUGACAGAGAGGGAGCUGUUGACCUGAUUGAUGAGCUAAUGUCGUCUGAUGGUAUAGAUUACAGCUUCAACCUGGACGACAAUGAAGGAGUGUGUGACCUGUUUGAUGUGCAGAUCCUCAAUUACUGAUGGCUGACAUGGGCUCUUUUGUGCGCUUAUACAAUCUCUCUUAAGACACUUCAGACAUACCGUUUCCCAUUUCUGUUAAAAUUGCAUAGCUGACACUUAAACAUACCACUGUUAUCUAUCUAAUGAACCUGUUACACACAGACCACCACCACUAGAUUGCCCUCUUGCCCUCAGCCAACACAAAACAGUGUUGUGCCUGAAUGAAUUUGCCAUAAGAUAUUUAUGUUUCCAGGAGUCAUAAUGUCUCCACUGGGUCUCUAAGGGUUUACUGGGUGGUUAUCUACAACAUUCCACAGAAAUGAAGUUACUGGAAGAAAAAACAGGACAAAUCCUUCAGCUUCCUAUUGCAUGUUUUUACGUGUAAAUUUGUAUUUUUCCACAUCCAGUGGAAAGCUUAAGACUUGAAGACAACUGCUUUAUUUUCUAUAGUUUAUCAAGGUUUGGGACUGUGACAGUGUUUUACUUUAGAUGAUAUUUACAAUAACUCAUUCAGUAUUGGCUUUGUUUUUUGGUUUUUUUCCAACAUUUGAUACAGGGUUGAUGAUCUAGUUCAGGGUGUGUAAGCAAGUGACUUUGUUUGCAUGAAAACCAUAUUGUGUAAGAACCGAACAAAUUCCAGAGUUAUAUUUCAAAAAAUGGCAUGUUAUAUUUAACGAGGGAGUGUUUUGGUUACAUUUUGUAACCUUGUUCUCAUGUGAAAAUGCCAGAGUUUUCUUUUCUAUUGUGACACUGCCAUUUUAGGCCUCUGAGUUUUUGUUUUAAAAAGAUUCUUAGAAUUACAGUUAUAUAUUUGAAUAAAUAAUAUUUUUUACUUAAUUUAAGAAGAAAACAAUUCUUGGUUCUAGUUUGUUGAUACUGAAGAUGGUUGACUGCCUUAAUCGUAAUAAUAAAUAAAUAUUAAGAGCCUUGAGUGGCAUUUUUGUAUAUUUAUAGUUUUCUUUGAUAACAAGAAGCCAUGUUUUUGUUACAUUUGGUCGUUUCUUUGCACAUUUUUGAACAUUUUUUUCAAUAAAUAGAUUUGAUCUUGACUUUUGAACUUUUCUAACAAUUAAUAAUCAUUGUUUGAAUUGGAAAUGUGAAAUGCGAGAAAUAAUCAUUUCAGCAUGUACUUGUUUUUGUUAUGUAAGACUUGUUUGCUUGUGACUUGUCAAGUUUGUCUUAAAUCAUACAGACGGCUGUGUUUAUCACACUGAAUCUGACAGUUUGAUUCCAGCUUGGAAACCCUUAGU